CAGCUGUGCCUGCCCUCUGCGCACACUCUCGCACUUCAAAGCAUGUGGCAGAGUGACUCAAAUUGUUUCUUGACGUUGGACAGAUCUUCAGCAGUGAGCUGCCUGCUAGGAAUUUAGUGCGCUCCAGAACACGCCUGGAGCUGGAACACAUACAGGCAUCUUGCGGUCGGCUGGUCGCUCCAGCAAUUUUCCCUUCCAACUGCAGUCAAACCAGGUAGAAACAAAACUAUUUAGGAACUGAAUGCAGACAGUUGGAACAACUUCAGGCUUCGAUGUGUAAGGAGGUGACAGAUGCUAUAUAGUUCCUGCAUCUUGCCUUUGCAACUGUGGAAUCCGAGGUAUAACCAAGAUCAGUGACGUUGCUGUCAAUGUGACAAUUAUCUUGAACUGUGUUGCCAACAUUUGAAUGAAACGGGAGCUGUUUGAGAUGCUUUGCUGAAGAGAAAUCAAGAACUGUUUUCUAGCAUUUGGGCUAUUCUAUCAAUUGAGGACUCGUUUAGCUUGAGAAACCCGGUGCAACAUGCCUGCCAAAACCCCCAUGUAUCUAAAGACUUCGACUCCAAAGCGGGGUAAGAAGAUGAGAUUGCGCGAUGUUCUGUCUAGUGACAUGAUCAGUCCACCCUUGGGCGAUUUCCGUCACAGUGCCCACAUUGGGAAGGAUGGUGAAAGUGACAUGUUUGGGGACAUCUCCUUCUUACAGGGCAAGUAUGAUGUCCUUCCAAACCUCAACCAGAAGCCAACUUCUCAAAGUACAGGACAAGGACUGGAUGAAGAAUAUAACUAUGAGCAAGGUUUUAACAAUGGAGCAGGUGACUAUCCUACGCUGCUGAAGAAUGCUGUCUCUCUUCCGGCAUUCGGUGGCACUCACAAAAGCCAGGACCAGGAACAAGCUCCUCCAAAGCCUCCUAGGCUCCACCUGGAGGAAGGCACAGAUCAACGGGCACUGUCAGUCAGCUGUACAACAGAAUGUUUCCACAGUGCUGAAGAAGUGUUUGCCAUCCCAACCAACAAAACAGGGUCUUCAGUUUCUUUAUUGGCAGAGUCCAACACUUCCUCAGAAUGUUCAGUCAUUGGCAAUGAGCAGCUGGAUGGAAAGAGAGCCUUAAUCUUCAACAGCGAGAUGUCACUCAAUAAUGAGACCCUUUUCCCUUCUGACACAUGCCUGAGUGGAUCUGAAUCUUCCCUUGGCUUGAAUCUUGAUUUAGGGCCAUCUAUACUGGAUGAUGUCCUCAGAAUUAUGGAUGAAUACAAGAUCUAGUACUUUAAAGAAAGCUAAUAAACUAAUGGUGGAAGGCUGCUGAAAGAAUGACAAAGAGAUUAGGAAAUGUCCAAACAUGAUUAUAUCAUGUUGACUGCUGACAGUUCAGGGAAAUGCUUACUCUUGGACUGAGAGAAAACAUUAGAAACUGCUCCCCUUGUCUAAUCACGGACAUACCGCUUGCUAAACUGGAACUGCUAAAAGGAAUGUCACGUUAACUUAAUUUGACAUGGAGUAUAACUAUUACUUUAUCUUCUUUAACUUCAACAAACUUCCUUCAAUCCUGGGUGAUAUCAGAAUUAUAUACAACACUGCGAGGUAGAAAUGUUAAACUAUUGUUUGAAAACCCUGUUAAAUUCUUGAACUUGUGACUGUAAAAAUGUUUUCAUUCUUUGUAGGAUUAUAUAAUAGUUUAGAAUUCAGAAAUAUAUACAAUAUGUAACAAUUGAAACAACAAUGAAAUGAUUAGUGAACUAGAUGAAUUAGUUGAGGUUUUACGACAAUCUGAUGGCUACAUGGUCCCCAUUAUUAAUGUCAGCCCUUUACCCCAGGGCUACAAAGCUAUAUAAUGUAAGUAGAAAUUUACUCCCUUCUAUACAACCUCCUCCAGCCAUUAUAAACCUCCCACUCUCUGGAACCUCUUCUAGCCUCACUAAAACUCCCAAAUCUCAGUAACACCCUUCAAUCCCAGUAACGCUCCUAAAUCUGUGAACUGUUCAGACUUCUAUAACUUUUCCAAAUCCCUGUAACCAUCUCUAGUCCCAACAACCUUUUCAAAGCAUCUCCAAUCAUGGCCUACCAUGCAUCUCCAAUUUCUUUUCCUGCACCAUUAGCUGUCUUUAUUUCAGCUGCCUGAGGGGGACCCUAGCCUUUCUCUUUAACCUUUUCCAUCUCUCUACCUUUUAGUUUAGAAAUUUCCUGGCCACCCACUCAAAACUCAAACUGUCCGGUGCAAAACUGAACAGAUUGUCCCUUGAGUCCAAACCAUCUAAUGUCCACAUAAAACUGUUUGCUUAGGUAUCAGAUUGUCCAUUAGUUGAUUGUCAGGGAGGUGUUAGUUUCACUUUUUCCCUCAUUUCAUAUGCCAUAUCUAUCCUUGUAAACAGCCAUCUCCCUGGCCUCUGUAGUUACUAUUAAAGUACUUUCACAGUGAGUUAGAUGAGGCCAAUUAAGCAGGGAGCUUGGUUGCUGCAAUGUUUCUGUCAUCUUGUCUCCUGUGAGGGUCUCUGUGUAAAGGUAAAUACAGUCUUACUGGCAAUCAGGCCAGGCUGAUCCAAUCUGUAUCGCAAAGUUUUUCACAGAUUUGGGAAUGUGGAGCACUGGAAUGUCUCUGGUUAUUAAAUGGGAGAAUGUUGUGUGCCUAAUGCUGUUGAUCUUUCCUUUUAAAUAGAUCCAUUAAUCAGUGUAUGUCCUUGAGUAGGAUCUAUCACAAAACUGCCAUCACUAUGCAAGGAAUGUAUUGUACAAACAUGCUUUUAGCUUUCUGUCGAAUGGAAUUUUAUCUUUUUUGUUUGCAUUUCUAAUGUUAAAAUAUUCAAUUGGUUAUUCUUAUUAAAGCAAUUCUCAUUUGUC